AUGGUGCCACUGCCGCCGCCGCCGCCGCCGCUACUGCUCCUUGUGAGGGGGAAAAGAAGCCGCCUCAGCCGCCGCCAUUACAAGGCCGCUUUUCUUCCCUCGCUUCACCCCACCCACCGAUACCCUCCUCCUCCUCCUCCUCUCACCGCGCCGGGGGAAGGAAAGGAAGGGAGGAAGGAAGGAAAGGAGAGGGAGAGAGGAAGGAAGGAAGGAGGGGAACAUGGCGCCGCCUCCUUCUCCUCCCGCUGCCGCCUCGGGUCCUUCUCCGCCCCGCCCCGAGAGCCCGGCCAGGACCCGCUGCUGCUGCUGCCGCCGCCGCCGAGCUGGUAGGUGCCUCCGCCGGGAGCCUCCCCGCCCAGACCCCGCUCGCCUGCCUCGCCUUCCCCGCCGCCCUCCGCACCCCGCCCCGGUCCCCACGGAGGGGAACGAACAAUGAGGCGGCGGCGGCGGCGGAGGCGCCCCUCCCCCGAUCCUGCCUCAUCCCGAGGGGGCAGGGGCGAAACCCCCCCACGCCCCCCACCACCGCAGUUUACCUCAGGCGUGGAAUGGGGGGAAAGGGGGAGGGGAGAAAGAACCUCCCCUCCUUUCUCUCUCUCUCUCCCUCCUUUUCUUUCGGAAAUGGAGGAAUCCCCUCCCUCCCCACUGCACAAGCACACAUUGCGCGGGGAGGGGUGCGGUGCGAAGAAAAGACCCUUGCCUGCGAGGAGGUGGGGUGGGGGGAGAGAAUGAGAGACGCCCCUUCUUCCUCCUGCUCCGUCCCCCACCAAUACAUGUCUCCCACCCCCGUUGAGGUAGCGGAAUUUCGGGGAGGGUCGGGGGGGUGUGAGUGGGAAGCCAAAAGGCAAAAAAAGAUCUUUUUUUCCUUAGGUAUGUGGCGGAGGAAUAAUACAAGAGUCAUCAUCUAUCUCCCCCCCCCCAUUCCCCCCCUCUUUCUCAGCCAUUUAGUUUGGGGUUGGCAAACUUGACAUGGAUAAAGAGGCUCUGCCCCUACCUGCGUAUUUGCAGGGGGAAAGAUGCUUCCCUGCAUCCCUGGCUGGGGGGGGGAUGAUGAUGAUGGGGGUCCCUUCCACAAACUGCUCCAGUGUUCAGAGGGGCGGGGAUGGGGCUUAGAAGCACGCAUGCGGAGGGCCCUGGCGAUGGAGGCGCAGGCUGAGCUGAAAAGGGGGGUAUUGUGGCAAGGGGAGGGGAAGGAGCUUGAGUUUGGGGAAGGGCACAUGGGGUGCCCCUAGAAUAAAACCUAAGGUGGAGUCAGUCACACCAGCAAACAAGUAUUCGUCUGUCUUUGACCACCCCCAGUGGCUGAUAGACAUUUCUGCUGUUUUGCCUGGAGGGAAGCCCUAGUGUUGCCUUGUGGGGUGGGGUGGGGAAAACUACGAGGCUCAGGGAAGAGAGACGCAAAGAGAAAUUCUUGCCAGCAUCUUCAUCCCUGAGUUACUCUUGGACAGGGACCAGUGGUAGUCUUCCUGCUGAUUUCGGUUGGGUGGUUCUGCCUCCUCGAAGCAUGAUCUGAGGUGGAUGGCUGGGGUGGCAAAUGGCUGUUUCUGCACUGUAUGCUCUGAUAAACUCCAGAUUGAAUUAUUGCCAUGCACACUGUGGGGCCGCCCUUGAAGACAGCUUGGAAACUUCAGUUGGUCCAAAGCACAGCAGCCAGGAUACUCGCCGGUGUUCCAUUUAGAACUCAAAUCACCCCUGAUUUGAAACCACUGCACUGGUUGCCAGAUAUUUUCUGGGUCCAGUUCAAGAUGCUCAUGUUGGUGUUUGAAAGCCUUAAAUGUCUUAGGCCCCAAAUAUCUGAAAGACUGCUUCCUUUCCUAAUAAUCCUCAGCUAUUAAGAUUGGCAGAGGGUGCUCUCUUGGCAGUUCUGCUGCCCUCUGAAGUAUUGGGGAUGGUAGAGAACACUCCAUGGCACCCCCUAUAUUCUGAAAACCCCAUUCCAAGCUUCUAGCAUCCUCAACAUACAGCUUCUUCUGUAUGCUGAAGACAUUCCUCUUUAUGUUGGCCUCUUACAGUUUUGAUUUUUGUGAUAUUUGCAGGACCAUACCUGUAUAUUUGAUUUUGAUUUUUGUUAUUGACCUGUUUUGUUUUAAUAUUGUCUUACUGUAAUAUUGUUGUAACCUGUCCUAGGCAGAUAGGAAAACUUCUGAGUAAAUAAGUGCCACCAGCUUUCCUCAGCUCAGUUCUUUGGGAUGUGGAGAUUAUCCUGGUUUUAAAGGCAUUUGGAUAAGUUGAGAAGAUGGCAUAAGGGGAAAGUGACUUUUCCCUUAAUGCACUACUGAGGCUGAGAAAUGGUGCCUGCUGUCCUGUUGUGCAUGCCUCCAAACUCUGUAAGUAAAAAUGGGGCAUAAUUUUGACUUCUCAUUGUGUGCAUUAUCUCCUCCCUGGACUUCAAAAGUCUGUCUUUUGUCUUGGAGGGGGAAAAUAGGCAUCUAUUCUUGGUUUCCACACACACCCUUCUCUUUUCCCUUUCUCUGUGCUUUUUGUGUAGAAAAAGUGCAACAUUCAAAGCAGCCCCCAGCUUCUCUAGUUAUUUUUGAUAGGUAGGAUUGUGGGAUAUGUCUCAGUGUUUCUCUUUCUUGUCCAUGUUGCUCUCCUGGGACAUCUCCCAGGUUUCUGAGGAAUGGCAUAUUUCUGACAUGUGCAGUCAUCCUAAUUACUUAAUCCUAUGAAGGGUAAUGGAAUUUCCAGUUUGUUAAUGUGUGUUCAAACUGUGUUUUUUUUUAGCAAGACUUUAUCAAGAUGAUGAUAAUUAAAUUCAGCUCUUGAAGAUGGUUGGUGAUACUGGAGAAGAAGGUAGAACAAGGUGUAUCUUGAGAAACAAGGACCCUUCUCCUUUCACUAUGCCUAACAUUGGUUGAGGGCAUAUGGCUCCAUCAAAAUACCUUUUUCUUAAAAGUCAUUCAAGAUGGAAAGAAAAAGGAGAGAACAUUUUCUUAUAGAGAUUGCAAACUCCUGGGAAACUCUUUCGUAACAUUCCUUUAUUUUUUCAGACUCUUUUCCUUCCAUAUUAUUGAGACACCUCAGGGCCUUAUUUUUAUUUCUUUAUUUUUUUUAAAGCAAAUGUAGGUACCACUUGACUGCAAGACAACCUCUAAGGGGUUUACAAAAAUAUAAAACAAAACAUCAAAAUUCUUGGUAAGAAUACAGUUAAUAGUCUGGAAGUCUUGAACCUCCUGGUAAAGUCACAGAUACCCCCUCACCUUUGUGCUUUCUUGAAGGAGAGAUGGGGUUGGCUAGUUGAAAGCAAUGAUUUUUUUUCUUGAGAAUUCUUUUUAAAUUAUUUUAUUGGGAGAAAUUUAUUCUGUAGCUUUGUGAUGAGCUACAUAACAUGUUAGGACACCAUCUUUCUCCCGUUUCAGGAUAGGGAAUGGUCAUGGUGGAACUCCUUUACCUUACCCCGGUUUUGACCUUCCCUAAUAAUCAGACAGCAGAAGACUUCCAAACCAUGAAUGCCUCAGAUUAUUUCCGUACAAUAUUUUCCAUCUUACGUCUUGUCCCUGUUUGGAGGCAUCACCAAAUAAUAUUUUUAUGCAGGCAGUUCUGAAGUAAGUUAGAAUGUGCACAGCUGAAAGGCAAGUGAUGGGUGCCCAGUUUACUAGACAUUAUCUCUUUACUUUUAGUGACUGAUUAAAUUGCAGGGACUCAGCCCUAGACUCAAAGCUAGGUCAGCAUUUUAUCCUUAUGGAUGACUCUGUUUUUGAGAACUGGAUCGUGUUCAGAUAAUUAGAAGUUAGUAAAGACUGCCUGCUAUAUCAGAUAUCUUAAACCAUUAAUUCUAAUAACAGGACAGGAAACUGGGGCUUACAGUGUUGUUGGUCUAAAGCUAAUUGAAUAAAAGUUCUCUUGGAUGUUUUGAGAAGUUUGAAGUAUAUUUUUGUAGCUGUAGUUCUGAUUCCGGCCCUGUGUCAAAUUAUAGCUUUCUACACCCCCAGUAUUGACACCCAUAUAGUCUGACCAUCAGAAUUAUUUUGCAAAGGCAGUUCUCCAAAUGAUCAUUCAGUUCAAAAUUACUACUCAGCCCUUGUUUAAAUGAGUAUUCACAUAUAAGUAAUCAUGUGAAUCAGUCGGUGAUACAAGCAGAAAUGUUCCCUUGUGAUGCAAGUCAAAAUAAUUUUGAUCAGUGGAACAGCCAUGAGGUUUUAAUUGUACAUGGUGCUGGAGAAAUCUUAGCAAGGACUCAGAUUAUGCAUACCAUUAGCUGAGGAGGGGUUUUUGGUUUUUUUUGUAAGGCUGGUUAAUUAUAUUCAGUAGGAAAUUAAUUUGAUCCUGAAAGGGCUUUUAGAUUCAUCUGCAUCUGAGUGUUCAGUUGCAGAGAGUUCUGGUCUCAAGCAUUCAAGUUUGUUCUUUUAGUGAGGUCUGAAAAUAUUGCCAGUAGCAGAUUUUCAGGAUGUGGCAGUAAAUAGCUAGUCUCCCCCCCCCCGCCCCCCCCAGUGUGGACCGAAGCCUUGUUCCUGGCUUCUUACCACUAUUCACAUUCUUAGAGAGAAAUGUUAGUGUGUGUUCCUCUGUGAGAGCAUUUUAUAUAAUAGAAUGAGUAGACAGCUUCACUGAGAGCUGAUUUUCCCUAUGCUCCCGAGCGAUGUAACUGCUUUGCUAGGAGCUGUUGGAGAUGCUCUUGUUCCAUGCUGAGAGCUGACAAUGAAGGAGGAAAUUCAAAGCCAGUGAUAUAUUUGCAUCUGCUUUUGUUCUUAUAUUUAUGGCUUCAAGAAUCCUUGGAGGUAACAUUUUCUGUGAUAGUUCUGAGUGUAUGCCUGUUGCUGAGGUUCUUUUGUCUCAAAGAAGGUACGUGUUCUGCAAAGGUUAAGCAUUUUUUCUUACUCUUACCACUUGAGUAGGUAAAACUGGGGUGCUAGGAUGUGUUGAGCCAAGGGAAUAAAUAGUAAUAUUUCAACUAUUCUUUGUAUAAGAAUAGCUUAGGAUUCUGUGCUUGAAAGCCCAGGAGUAUUGGUAAAUUGACAUUUGUCUUGUAAAAGAUCUGGUAUUCUCAUGUAAUGCAACUGCAUCUCCUUGAGCCUAGUUCAGAUAGAAGAAUGUAUAUUUAAAGGAGAGAGAAUUGAUCCAUCCUGGCACCUAAACCUUUAAAUUUUUACUUGGAAGCAAGUGCAGUUGUUUUGCUUAUGUUACCAUUAAUCAUGUUUUAGGACUAUAUAGCUUAAGAAUGUUUUUAAAAUGCAUUCAGUGCUCAGUGUUUCUUAUAGUAAUUUUUGACCUUGUCCUCAAAUAACAACUGAAUGAAUAGUUGAAUUGCUGUGUCUCAGGAACAAAGUAGCACAUUGGUCUGUUUCUAGUCCUGUUGAUUUAGUAUUUUUAGCUAAAGAACCAGCUACUUGCCAGUUUAUAACAGCAGAUAUAUUUUUGAAAUCUCUGUAAUUCCACUAUUAGGUUCUUAUUCUGAAGGAUGACGAGGUAUUUUCAGUAUUAAGUAUCCUCUUGAGUCAUUUUAAUGUGAUUGCCUGAAAUAUCCUGCUUUUCCCAGUCUUCCCACCUUUCCUUUUGUUCUGAUUGAAUUCCUUUCCUAUACGCUUAUCAAAAAAACCUCUUGAUUGCAGCUCCCUUUCUAAUUCUGACAUAGCAUAGUCAUUGUGUGCAGACAGAUAACUCUCAAACUUUUCCUCUUGUCUUUGUGGUUAAAAAACAAAUUGAACUGCUUGCAUUAGUAUAGUUCCUUCGAGUGAUUAAAAAUUGCUGCCACUUAAAGCCAUGUGUAUAUUUUUAUACUGUGGAAUUAGAUUAGAGAUAUACAACUUGCUCAGUAUGUGGGGACACAUUUAGGAAGUAUUAGGGAUUGGGGCGUGUAUUUUAAGUACACAUAACAGAAAUGGAAUUGGCACUACUACAGGUGCCACAUAAUACCCAUUCCACAUUUGUAAACACUCAGUGGUUUAGUGUGACAGCACCUACAGUUUGGAUCUCCCUGCCUAUUGAGAUAAAGCAGAUGCCUUCACUGUACUCUUUUUGUUGCCUGCUAAAGACAUUCUUAUUUAGACAAGCCUACCCAGAUGCUUAGGAAGUUGAGGUGAUUUUAAUCUGUUUUUGUAUUUUAACAUUUGUAUGUUUUAAAGUAAGGUUGUAAAUUUUUCUUGAUUUACUUCUUGUAUCUUUUUGAGGCUUUUUACAAUCAAGUGGUUGAUUAUUUAUUUCAAAAAAGGCACCUUUCCAUGGUCACUAAUUGGCUGGUCAGUAGUCUGACCAAAAGGUUUAGCAUUGCUUUUUCUAAAUAUUUUGAAUCAUGGUGAACGGUGCUGCCUCUACCCUUGUAGGGUGUUUUGUUUGGCACUGUGUGAGCAAGCUCUCUGCUCACACACAUUCUUCUCUCAUGCAUUCUGAUUUUUCUCCCUUCUGAUUUAGUGGAAGCCAUAGUUUACUGUUACCUCUAAGCCAGGCAAACUAUGACUUGUGCUAGAAUGUCAGUGAGAAAGAAAAUCAGAUUGCAUGAGGGGAGCACCAGAGUGCAGGCCUAGUUUUUUUGUUGUUUAGUCGUUUAGUCAUGUCCGACUCUUCGUGACCCCAUGGACCAGAGCACGCCGCAGGCCUAGUUUACAUAGUACCAGACCCUGGUUUGGUGUUAGAUCUGAACUGUUGCAGUCUUCUUAAGAGGUUUGCUGACUAAACCUUAUAUGUAAACACUUCUUUAACACAUCACACAAAACCAUAGCUUAGCACAAGCCAGAAAAGCCAGACUGAGCUGCAAGAAAUCUCAGGGUCAUGCACUCAGCUUCCCUUUCACCCUGAAAGGAAGAGUUUGGAAGGUCUUGUUUCUGCUUGUUAUUAAUCACAGUUUGCCAUGUUGUCCAGACCUGGAACUGAGGUUAAUCUUGAGUGUGGCUAGUUUAAAUAAUCCUGCUUCAGUAACUGUGGCUUAGUUCGCUUCUUGCUUUAAAAUUAACCAUAGAUAAUGUUAACCACAAUUUGUUGCUGUACAUGACACAACAAAUCAUGGUUAAACAAAAGCUUCCAAGUUCUUCCUAGCCACACAGCCAGAGAAUAGUGAGUGCAUGAGACACGCUGCAGCUCAUUCUGGCUUGUGCAGACUGUGGUUUGGUGCAGGGGUGCUGAACCUUUUCGGCCCUUCUGUGAGCCAAUUUUGACAGAUGUGCAGGGCAAUCCACCUGGCAAUCACAAACCGUUAUUGUGACAACACAUGAUUGGCAGGCAGGUUGCCCCACCCAUCUCUCAAAAUCCCUUGCAUUCCCUAUAUUCCUGUCCAAGGAUGGGUGUGGGGGGGCGAAUCUGAGAGUUCUUUGCAGCAGUUUCUCCCACACUGGUCUGGUGCAAUCUUUGAAAGUGUGGGAGAAAACGCUGCAAAGGGCUCCUACUUUAAGUGAGUCCCUGCUCUGUGUCUUAGCUAUGGGGAGGAGGGACUGUGUGGGGAAAAAAGCACCCACUUCGUCAUUGCUGUGCAAUGGAGUAGUCUUGUUAGUGCUGGUGUCAAAAGCAGACCUUGGCUCUGGCAAGGACUGCUCCAUCGUGAAGUGAUGAGUAAAAAAACUGGGCCCACUUGUUUUCAUUGCAUGCUUACGGAAAACAAGCAGACACCUCCCCCCUUUUUAAAGUUCACCCAUGCAAGGUUUGGGGGAAAUGACCUUAUGGACCAAAUUGGGCCCAUGGGCCAGAGGUUCCUGUCCCAGUGUAGUGUGAUGUGCUGAUGAGUCAUUUUGAACUUUUGGAUGGGGUCUGAAAGCAAAACUUUAUUGAUUGCUUAGAAAGACCACUUGCCAAGGUGAGGAUUUAAAUUUUUAUUAUUUAUGUAUUUUGACUUUUGUAUCUUAUCAGAUGAAACAGAACAGUGGUUUUAAGGAACAUAAAAGUAAGACUAACUGGGGCUGAUGCUAGUUGGAAUCCAGCAACAAGUGAGGGCCAGAAUUUCCUCACACCUUAAGAAAGUUUUUUAUUCUUUUUGGAGAGGUGUGUCAUUCAUUUCAUUUUAGAGGGACACAUAUGAGAGAAAAAAUAAUUAUGGAAGUGAUAGCAAUUUUGGACUAACUUCAAUUAAUGUAGAAUAGAGUAAGACAUGUCAUAGGGCAUUUCACGUUUCUAUGAGUACAGUCAUUGACAUCUAGAAAUAGGUAGGAGGGUCAAUCAAGGUGAUUUAAAUAGUUGAUUUAAAUCAAGCUUCUAGCUUUCCAAGUCAUUUGUUUCCUGAGCAAAUGUGCAUACCAAAUGGUUGCUGUAUCAUUUAAACCAGGGACCACCAAUUCUUUAGCUUCUGCACACGCAUAGAGGGAACUGAAGGGUAGAUGGGAGAAAUCAACCUGGACAGGUAGCCCAUCUAGCAGAAGGAAAACUCUGAUCCUAAACACCCACUGCUUUGCAGGACAUCUUCAAGAGAAUAGGCUAAGGAAUAAACCCUACACAAAUCCAGAGUGGAGUCCCUAAGAUGAUCAGAUGGUGCCUUGUACGCCGCCUCCUAGCAACUCCUGCAGCCAAGCUGGUGCCAGUAUUGCUCUUCUUUCUUUUGGACUAUGUCAGUGAGGCUGAGGGGGGUGGGUCUUGUCAUUUGGGCACCCCAGGAGCUCCAUACACAUUGCCUAGGCUUGAGCCCUGGGGAGGUUGCUUCGGUGAUGCUAACACAGCAGUUUGACUUCACCCCCAGAGGUGCACUCCAUUGUCUCUUGAGACGGACAGAUGUCAACAGUGCAGGAAGAAGUCCAUAUGAGAUUUUUGCUUGUGCAUUCCCCUUUUGUCCUCUUCACUUAGAAAGAUGAAUUCAGAAGCUUUUUGGUUCUGCUUUUGAUUAAACACAGCUCUUGUUGUGACCCUGUUAAUCUUAACUAUGGUUAAUUUAAACGAGUCAAAUAGGAUUUGAAGUUGGUUGGUUUGAAACCAUAGUUGGUAUUAACCACCGGACAACAUGACAAAACAUAGUGAGACAGAAGCUUCUGUUCUCUUACUAGCUUUGGCAGUGGAGGCAUGUAAGGGAGCACGUGGGCCUGAAGCUUGCUCUGAUUUGUUCAUGUUUUGUCAUCCUAAGCCAUAGCAGAGCACUUGAAUGCACUUAUUGGUUUGAUAAAGGGUAAUAGUUGAGUGUUGUCCACAGUUGCACUGAAGUAAAGUUCUAUUGAAGGUUAUUAGACUCACAUUAGCCAUGACUAACUUCACCAGGAUUAGAGCCCAUGAAUAUAUAAUUUAAUAAAUUUUUAUUACAUUCACAUAUAAUUUUCAACUAGGUUAAGGGGCAUUUUUAUUACUGUGGUUUCUAGCCCUCAUUGGUGCGUAGCGAGCAAUCUGGAAAUGUGGUGGUGAAAAUGCUGAAGGAUGUGAAUUGAAGCAAUUAGAAGGGAGCCAUUAAGAUAUUAGCUGUAUAGCAUGAUUUCUUCAUGGCCUGAGCCUGGGCAACAGUAUAGUUUUAGACUGAAGGAAAGUGUAUAUUUUUCAGUUGGAAGCAGCUAAAAUACCUCCCACCGCCCCCACAAUGCUGAACAUACUGCCCAAGUGUAGAUAUUUCUAGAUAAUGACGGUUAUAGUAGCCAGGUAGGAGUUCUCUAAAUGCCUUGGUGAUAAUUGUCACUAUAAACUGAUAAGGCAUGAUGCAAGCAUAUGCUUCUCAUCAACAGUUAUUUAUUGGCAAUGUGAUGCUGCUGUUGUAGUAGUUUUAAUGGGUUGAAACCUAUUGAUUAUUUUUUUGAAUCCUCUGACCAACAGGCAAUGCAAACAAAACAACAUAAAUAAACAAUUUGAUAAAUUUAAUAUAGAAGGCAUUUGUGUUGUCACCAAAAACAUGGAAAAAUGAGUAUGCCCCAUUGUUCUGUCUGCAUGUGUUUUUCAAAGACCACCUGUUUAAUAAGAAUAGCUUCUUUGCUGGAUCAGAUCAAAAGGUUCAUCUAGUCCAGCAUUUUGUUUCCAAGAGUAGCUAGCUAGAUUCCUCUAGAAACUCAACAGCAGAGUUGUUUUGUUGCUUGUCCCCAUCAUGUGAUACUGUUUCUGAACAUAAAGGUUCUGUGUUGAUCCCAUAGUUAUUAGCUGUGGAUAGAUCUCUCCUCUACUCCAGCUCAUGUCCAGGUAAGAUCUAAAAGAUUACACUGUGCCAGCACCAUGAGAUUGGAGUGGUAUGUAGCAACACCUGUGCCAGGCACAGAAAACAUUACCCUGACAUGACAGCAGUGUUAUGCCUAUGUCUAUGUGAGCAAAAAGGUUUAGGAUGACAGAUGCCGGUGUGCAAGGAAUGCAUCUGAAAGCUCCUGGCAAUUGUUUCAUUCCUUCUGUAGUUUGAGAUCUUGCACAGGAGGAGGGCAACACAAGAAUGGACCUUUUCUGCAGUGGCUCUCUGUUUGUGGAAUGCUGUCCCCAGGGAGGUUUGGCUGGUGCCUUCAUUAUACACCUUUAACAGGGCCUUUGGCUGGUUGAUAUCUAAUGUAAGGUUACCAGAUUUUUUUUCAAUGAAUCCGGGGACACUUUUCAACUUAAAUAGGAAUGAUAGGAUUUUGUAUGGGGACUGAUUUGUAAAUCCAGGGCCUGUCCCCGGGAAACGGGGACAUCUGGUAACCUUAAUCUAAUGCUCUUUUAAAAUGUGUUGUGUGAAGGGGAAUUAGUGGGUUGUUUUUAUUUUUAUUAUGUAUUUUGUGUUUUUUAUAUUGUGUUUUUAUGUUGUGAACCACCUUGAGAUCUACGGGUAUAGGGUGGCUUACAAGUUUCUUUAUUUAUUAUUUUAUAUUGGGGACACUAUGUAAACAAUACUACUAAUGUUAUUGUAGAACAGCUUGGAUUUCUCCCCCUACUAAUCCUCUUCUUCCCACCAAAUCAUUACACAUUUUCUUUUAUUCAUAUUUGAAAUGGGCGUGGUAGUGAAUAGAGGUUUUGAUGAUGUGACAUUCUAAAAAAGGUAAACUUUAACAGGUGAAGUAACAUUUGCAGUCCCUGCCUAUAAUAUUCUAGUUUUGUAUAUCAUACCUGACAAAAUAAAGAAAAUUUACUUUUGUCCAUCACAGCUGUGAUGUUUUAUUUUUUCCUAUGCAAUGCAGAAUGUAGCAGGCACACUUACAGAAUUACCGGUAAGCUUUCAUUCCUUGCCAGUUUCUUAAAUGAAAGCAAAGGAGUUUUUUUUUUGCUUUUGUUUAGGACAGAGCAGUGAGCGUCAGGCCCAGGGUCCAAAUAUUGCUCUCCAAGCCUCUUUACAUGCUCUCUCUCCCUUGGCUGCAGUCCUUGCUAGCUCUGCUGUGCACCCUCCUUGAGUACUUUCGCCUCACUGGAAUGUGCCCUUGAACUAUGAUAAAGUCUCUUGCUUGUCUAGAUGGAGAGAUAGGGGUGUGUAGAAACUUCUGGCUUGCACAUGUAGCCUACUGUACAAAGGUAAGAGUCAUGUUCAUUGCUCCAGCCUCUGUUGCCUCUGGCUCAGCCCACCCUGGCAUGCAGCCCCUGGAAGUUUGCCCAUGAAGCAUUGUAGCCCUGGGGCUGAAAAGGAUUCUCCUCCCCUAGUAUAGGACAUGGAUGGAAUCCUGUUCCCUGAAUUGGAUAUCAUCAUGUUCUUAUGAUACAAGGCUGCCUUGAACCUCGGGGACAUUCCAACUCACUGAGAAUCAGCGUGUCUGCUUUAGGAAUUGUUUCAUCGUUUCCAAGUUUAGGGACACAGAUUCCCAUAAAAGACUUUUUGCUAAAGUUGGGGUAAGCAGUAAGCAGUUCAAUACAGUGGCACCUCAGGUUAAGUACUUAAUUCGUUCUGGAGAUCUGUUCUUAACCUGAAACUAUUCUUAAUCUGAAGCGCCACUUUAGCUAAUGGGGCCUCCUGCUGCCACCGGAGCAUGAUUUCUGUUCUCAUCCUGAAGCAAAGUUCUUAACCUGAAGCACUAUUUCUGGGUUAGCGGAGUCUGUAACCUGAAGCGUAUGUAACCUGAAGCGUAUGUAACCUGAGGUACCACUGUAACUUCAUUCUUAGAUAUUAUGCCUCUGUUAGAAACAGUUUUUUGGGGCUUUGGACAAUACUGAAAGAAAGUGGAUUCUUUCCCAAUUUUCUCCAGUAUUUGAUGUGGUCACAUCCGUGCUGUGUGAUGGGUACUACCUGUUUUGGGUGCAGACUGGGCAGAGCUUCUCUGAGCAGGACUAUGAACAUUAUGCAUUCAAUAGUAUGGGAUACUGGUUAGGGCUUUGGUAUAUUCUUGCUUUUUUCCUCUAUCCCAGGGUCUGUGUUCGACUGUUUGAAAUACACUCAGUAAUGUAGUGUGUGUAGGCUCAGAGGUUGUCAGCAGGAGACAGGAACUGGCCGUCACUCUUGUCUCCUGUGCAGUAAUGGGUAUCUUUCUUGCUGUACCAGAGUCAACCUAAUUUAUGCCUGUCCAAUGAUUUGGCUGUCUUGCACUGUGGGUAGAUAGAGAGAAAUGCCAGGUAAUCUCAUGUAGGUGCUCUUGUAUCCUGGUCUCAUUAAGGCCGAUGGUUUAGAAUGAACUUGUACAAAAACGUAUUUGCACGUUUCCUUUUUGGGAGAGGGCUGUUUCUCAUCGAUAGAGCAUCUGCUUUGCACACAGAAGGUGUGCAAAGCACACAUCCUUGGAGAGGGCACUGCCAGUCAGUGUAGACAAUACUAGAUGGAUCUGAUUCAGUGUUCCUAUUUCCUACCUCUGGUAGUUGUAAUGUGCUUUUAGGUAAAUAAGGGGAAAAGGAUAUGUGGGACUUGACAAAUCUUGAGGAAAAUAAAGUAUCCGUGGAUGAUCUUAAUGUUGUUACGUUUCAAUCUGUCUUUCUGAGUCUUUUUGUGUGUGCAGUAUCUCAUUUAAGUUUGGAUUUCCCCCUCUUGUUAUUUAUUUUUAAAAUCAUAGUUGUUUAGUGGGCAGCCCUUUAAAUUGGUUAAAUUCUCGCAAAAGAAAAGUAUUCAUUACUCAUACUCUUCCAUCUCCUAAAAGGGGCUAAUAAGUUUUUGAAGAUUUUGCCUUUAUUAUCCCAAGAGGUUUUGGUUUAGAAUGGCAUUUACUCGUGCUGUUCUUAGCUGAUCAGUUGCUAGUUCAUACUAGCUGUAUGUGUAAUCCUUACAAAUGGGUUGGUUCAGCCCAGUAGUGGGGAGCUAGAAGGAGGGAAUGGAAGUUUGUUCUGCAGUUGAGCCGAAUAAUAUUUUUGGACUCUUAUCUUGUGUAAGCUGCAAAUUAUACAUUUGCCGUUUGCUGUGGUUGUCCCAUCCCUUUGGGACUAAAGCUUUUUGCAAAGAAGCUGCUCUGAAGUGUCCAACACCUUGAUAUUUCUUUGGACUUAGAGGGUCUUUUGCCUCUUAAGUUUUACUCCUUAAGCCCAUUAGGACCCACACAGGCAGAGGUUACAUAUACAGAUGCCAGAGUGAACAUAUGUUGGAGGAUCAGAAUCAGGCUAGCUUGCUCCCUCAUAAGUCGUCUUAUUUGAUCUCAUAUCGGGUGUAAGGUUCGAAAUAGGGCCUUACUAGCCCCAUAGGAUUUAGGUCCCAGUCACUGUAUGUUACACUCUGGUUUAGUGGUGUACAUCUCUUGUGGUUUGGUCCUUCAUAAGCAUCAGUGGGCAGCAAGGGAAUGUGGGGUGAACUGGUGUGAAACCGAUCACCCACUAUGGUUUUGCUUGAGUAUUUGCAUAAAAGGAGGUUUAUAUGAAAUUCAGAGAGGAUCACAGAUCAGGUCCACUAUAGGGUAUAUUUAUCUAUAGCAUUGAACCCUACAAAGCUUCUAAUACUUUUUCAUGUGCUGAUAACACAGCUCUGUAUCCCCCCCCCCUUUUUACAUUUCAGAAGCAUUUGAUAUACUCCUUAGACCAUGACAUUGUCAGCUUAUUCAAAUUCAGCGUGGUUGCAUGGUAGGGAGUGCAUUACAAUGUGCAUGUAGAGAGGCUAACCAAUAGGCCACUGGAGUAGGAAGGUUUCAGAUAUAAAAAUAAAUAAAUAUCUAUUAUAUUUUAAAUGUAUUUGUGGAAGGGGGUUAUUGGUUUGUUUUUGUUUUAUUAUGUAUUUUGUGUUCUCAUUUUGCAUUUUUAUGUUGUGAACUACUAUGAUUUUCGGCUGAACGGAGGUAUGCUAAUUACUUAAUUAAUUAAACACACCAGUAUAGGAAAAUAUGUCCAGCCAGUAUUUUGACUACUACAAGUAACUUGGUAUGAGUAAUCUAUAUAUGAACUUUGAAAUUGGGAUCACUGAAUAAUGUUUUUUUAAAAAUAAUAAUAAUAAUAAUUUUGCUAUAUUUUUUCACAUACUUAACUCUGAUAAAUGUUAAAUUAAAUAUAGGGAGUGAAAUUCAGUGGUGCUUGCCCACUUGCACCCCAGAAAUCUCGACUGCUGAAGAACAUCAGACUUUUACUACUAACUCUGUUAGUAGUUUUAAACUUUGGUUCACUGUCUGCUGUCAAUGGUUUGAUUUUGAAUUCCUCUGAAAUGGAACAGAAGUGAGAGCUAUACUCAUGAAGCACCUAUUAAUUUCACUGGGGUUUGUGAUGGUAAUGUUCCUCAGUUGAUGGCCCCUUUUUCUUUAGCUGUAGUUUUGGAGGCUAAAUUCUAGCUUUUAGCUGCCUAGUUAUAAUUGCAGAAGCCUUAAACCAUUAUUUUUAACAAUAGCUUUACCUUUGUCUUUUGAGAAUAUCUUUGUCCACUGAACAGAUCCCUGGGAGUAGGGAAGGCAGGCUGUGAUGACCUGAGCUAGAGUCUGAAUUCCUCCCCCCCCCCUUUAGUUGGAUUUAAUGACCCAGCUAGGGAGGUGGUUUGGCUACUGUCCAAGUCUUCAACUAUGUGAGCUGUUAGAUGCUUCAGAGUGUUCUGAUACCACGGUGAUAGGGCUUUGGCAGUGCUCAAACAAGCUAUAGAGUGUCUCACAUUAUUUGUCUAAUUCUUAUAUGUUUGAAGUCUGCUCCCUUAAAAAAUUAUUUGACGUUAAUAACCAUCUAUUUGAAUAAUGAUGCCAGAAUAAGGUCUUUACAUUUUCUCUUGCAGCUUGAAUAUUGAUGGGGAAACUAGGAUUUCCCUUUGUUAGUGAUGGAUGUGUUUGAGUUGAUAACCUCUGCUUGCUUAAUUUUUCUUAAUACAGAAAGCAGAAGAAAGACCUUGUUCUUAUAGUCCAUUGAACUGCAGUGGGGCAAGGUAAAUCUGUAGAUGAGGAAAAAAAUCUGAGUGCAUUGCUUAUAAAUAACAGAGAGAAAGAGCAUAGCUUUAGAGUUCUAUAUAGGGCAUUAUUUGAAAUAAGCCUGGUUAAAAUGAAUAGAUGUUAUACAGUCUUGCACUCUUAAGUUGUAAAGCACAGUGAAAAGACUUGAGGAGUACAGAGUGAUAACGAACGAGCCUUAGAGCUUGGGGUGUGUGCAGUUGCAUCUUAAUUGGCAUCUUGAUAUAUACAACCUUUACGGUACAAAUUCUUAAUGUGCUUAUUCAGUGUUACAAACAGAUGUGGGAAAACCAUCUUAGUAAAAAUAGUUUUUUAUAGAUUGCAAACCAAUUCAUCCCACUGUUACAAUGAAUAAGAAAACAGGUAGAAAAUAUUAAACUUUAUACUCUGUCUCUUUCCCUGAACUUCAUACUGUUCCCAGGUUUCAUACUUGUAACAUCCCAUAAAAUAUCCAACGCUUUAUCUCAGGGCAGUAAGGGAUAAGCAAUAGUAAUCUAAAUGUGGGCAGUGACAUCAUACCAAUUAGUAGCUCUUUGGCGCUGUGGGUAAAACCUCAGUGCCUAGGACUUGCUGAUCGUAAGGUCGGCGGUUCGAAUCCCCGCGACGGGGUGAGCUCCUGUCGUUUGGUCCCAGCUCCUGCCAACCUAGCAGUUCGAAAGCACCCCUAAGUGCAAGUAGAUAAAUAGGGACCGCUUUAUAGCGGGAAGGUAAACGGCGUUUCCGUGUGCUGCGCUGGCUCGCCAGAUGCCGCUUCGUCACGCUGGCCACGUGACCCGGAAGUGUCUUCGGACAGCGCCGGCUCCCGGCCUCUUGAGCGAGAUGAGCGCGCAACCCUAGAGUCGGUCACGACUGGCCCUGACGGGCAGGGGUACCUUUACCUUUACCUUAAAUUUCAUACAAUUGGCUGCUAAACUGAAAAAGGGGUGUGUGCAUUGGGGUGUGGAAAAUAAGAGAAUCCACUGAAACAGCAGACAGUGUGAUGCCUUUUAACUUUGUUAUAGGAAUGCUUGGACUUCUUGACAUCUCAUAAUCCAUCAAGGGUUGAUGAUAUAGGCCAGGGGUAGGAAACCUAAGGUGUAGGGGCCAGAUGCGGCCCAAUCGCCUUCUAAAUCCGGCCCGCAGAUGGUCCGGGAAUCAGCGUGUUUUUACAUGAGUAGAAUGUGUCCUUUUAUUUAAAAUGCAUCUCUGGGUUAUUUGUGGGACCUGCCUGGUGUUUUUACAUUAGUAGAAUGUGUGCUUUUAUUUAAAAUGCAUCUCUGGGUUAUUUGUGGGGCAUAGAUUUGUUCAUUUAUUUUUUUUCAAAAUAUAGUCCGGCCCCCACAAGGUCUGAGGGACGGUGGACUGGCCCCCGGCUGAAAAAGGUUGCUGACCCCUGAUCUAGGCAGUUUCAGUUGCACCUCUUUCAACAAACCUAAGAACUGUGAAGGCUGUCUGGUUCUUCUUAAAAGAGGGUCCAUGGAGUUCACAGAGGUUGACCCUUCCAUGUGUGGAAACCCCCAGUAAAGGUGGGGGGGAAAUGCUGCUAGCAUAGAUAUUUCCCUUUUUUGUCUCAUUUAUCACUUUUAAUUAACAGCUGGCAAAGACGGGGAGCUUUGUUGCUUGAGGAACAAAGCAGUCAGACUGCAUCCCAUCUGCUGCUCUAGGAAACUAAAGCAGAAAGGUGAGAGAAAUUGCCCCUCAUUCCCUUUUAAGAACCAAUCCAAGAGAGCACAGUUCUCUGGCUGGCUGGAUGGGAAAGGGAAGCACAGCUCUUUUUAUGUGGUAGUACAAAAAGUGGUGGAGUAGUGAUGCUGUCUUUUAUGAAAGAUUCUGAGCAGGCCUAGAGAGAGGUUAUUGCGAGAACUGGACUACUUUAAAUGUGGCAAAGUUUAUUUACCCAUACUCCCCCCUCCCUUUUUGUGGUGAGCAGACAUUGUUUGCUCUCUAUGCUGCAUGGGAAAUCACCUUUGAACCUGAAGGGAGUUUCCAGCACAGCCUGCGAUACAGGAAUAUGAAGGUCUUUUGUGUCAAUGCAAAAUUUCAAGAACUUUACUAGCUCUUGCAGUUAGUAGCCUAGCUAGGUUUUGGAUCUUUGGCCCUAUAAAUUACAAAUGCUAAUAGCCAGUUUUGCUAUUGGUUUAAGACAGGGGUGGGCAACCUUCAGCCCAAAGCCCUCACUCCCUUCUGGGCAACCUUCUGAGACCAGAGGCAUAAGUGCAUGGAGGAACAAAUCUUAAUUUUACAUUUGUACAGUAGGCUUGUUCCUGCCAUCCAAGCAAGCAAGAGGCACGGUCAGAGUUCAAGGCCACAUUCUAGCCAGGCAAAACUACUUGGGCUAUGAAGCAGGGCCAGCGAGGAUGUGGCUUGGGGAGACGUUUGUGGCUUGGAGAGAGAUCUGAAGGCCUGUAGAGAGACCUAGAAAGGGUGCUCCCCAACCAAAAAUGCACAUAGCAGAUAGUAAACUCUUUAUUGUCAAAGCUGACAGUGAAGAGUAGUUUGUAUGGCUCCGAAUACCCAUGCACACCAGUCUAACGUCUAGGCAGCUAUUCCCAGGUCUGCACUUUGUGCCCUGUAUCAGGAAGUUUUUAACACUUGAUGUUUUUAUUAUGUUUUAAGAUACGUUGUAAGCCACCCAGAGUGGCUGGUGAACCCCAGCUAGAUGGGCGGGGUAUAAAUAAUAAAAUUAUUAUUAUUAUGGAGCAGUUGUAGCAACAAGGGGCCACUCCACUUCCACCAGUUAUGUACCUCCCCCCUACAGGCUGUGCGCAUGCAGCCAGAGACUGUGCCUGCAUGUCAGCUUCCUUUGCUCAUCCCUCUUCAAUUCCCUACUGGUGCUGGGAGACAGUGGUGCAGGAGGAGGCAGGGGGGGACACCUGGCCCUUUGCUUGCCUGACCUUCCUCUUUUUCUGACCCAUUCUGUGCUCCACUCUCCAACUGUGAAGCUUCACCUUGCCCUGACUCUUGCCUCCUGACAAGUACAGUUCCCCACCAAUCACUGCCCCCCCCGAGUCAAACUCUAGGCCCCCUUCUCCUGGUGCACACUCAUCAGUGUCCUGCCAGUCCCUGACACGUGAUUUAAAAUCUAGUUAUUUUACUCACUCAUUCUGAUUUAAUAACCAAUGGGGCUAUUGCUAACUAAUUGCUGGGAUGCUGAACAAGCUAUUUUCCCUUGUAAACCUCAGUUUUUAUGCUGAGGUGUGUAUUGGCUUUCCAGUCUCAGAACAAGCUGGUGAAGGUGUCCAGCAGAUGGACUUAAUUGACAAAUCCCAUUUUAAGAUUAAACUUGUGGGGAGAUAGGAUUCCUAUGUAUCAAAUACUGGAUAUUUUUGGAAAUUCUGAGUUGUGUUUUGCAUUUCCCUCUUUUAUUUCAUGUCUGCUUUCUAAAUGAUUUUAACAACAGACUUCCUCUUUAUAACUAAAUAGAGAAGCCCAUUGUUCUUAAAAGCUGAAAGUAAGAGAGAUGGUAAGACAUAUAACUAGUACUGUUUGUCGAGAGAAACUCUCCCUAUGCUUCAUUUAAAAAAUACACGUGACUUUCUGGUUACAGAUUUGCUUAGAUGCUGUGCAACAUUUUUUGUAAAUCUCAAGAGGCAAAGAAACCCUUUUUCUUUACCUGUGCAGCACCCCCUGUGCCAGUUCAGGCUUAAGGGUUUUUUUAGGCACCAUGGACUGCUGUCUUUCUCAAUUUUCAUACCCCUAGUUAGGCAUAUCAACAGAAAUGCCUCCUGCUGUGUAGGGCCCAGAAUGUUUUUCCUGGCCAAGAAGCAAAAUUAAGCCUUUCUUGCUCUUAUACAGGGGGUGUUUUCUGCAAUAUUUCAAGUGGAGAUAAGAAUACAGCAUCUUAUAUGUUUAAUUUUAUCUGUCUAUCUAUCCAUCUAUCUAUCUAUCUAGAAGCACUAGGCAAGCUAAAAUGAGGGUGCAUUUGUACAGUAGGCUGUACAUGUUGUAUUUAUAAUCUGCGUGUGCAUAUUAACCUUUCGCCUAACAUAGAUUUUGUGAUAGCUAAUAAAAGUUGCUGCUUGAACACUGGAUUCUUUGAGUGCAUUUUCUGUUAGCAGAAGGUUUUGGUAUGCAAGUCUAUUGAAGUAAACAGAAAAGAGAGAAGCUUUGCCUGUCCAGCUAGGAAGAAAAAUGAGUUCUUUUAACAAUAAUAGUAAAAGCAAAACAAAAAGCAAACGUAGCCUUUCUUUUAAUUUCUUUCACAUAAGUAGCAGACUUAGGUGAGAUCUAAAUUGUUGAGUGACAGGUUUUACUCCAUACACCAGGAUUUCUAAAGGUCAUCCUUUUACUUCUGCAGUUCCCCAUCUUUAACUUGAAAAGCCACCCCCAAAAUCAAGGGAACCUCUGGAGCAGCACUUGACGCAGCUCUAGGAUUUCAGUACUUGGUAGACACAACUGUCGGUAGCAUGCACAAAAAUCUUUCCAUCUCAGUCUCAUUUUAUUGAAAGAACUGCAAGAGAAUUAUGCACAUUCUUGAAGUGGAAGGAGGAUUGUCCAUGCUAAUAUCCUCCCUUAGGGAUGGUGGUGAGGUAUGCUUCUAAUGUGUCAUAAUUGAAGUUUUACAAUAUGCCUACUUAUCUGCUUUGCUUCCAGGGGAUUGUGCUAAUCUUAGAUGCGUCGUGUUGAAGGAAUAGUAUUUUGGAAAACCACCUCUCAUAGUGGGCCUUUACCCAUGCAACGGAUAGUGGGCUUUAUGUGCUGAGGAGAAUGCAUGCUGCUAAGCCGGACUCGAGCGUAUUCAUCCCAGCUAGUAGCAGUGCCUGCGUGAUUUGUGCACAUACUUGGUUUCUCUCCUUGUAUCAGUAAAUUUCCGAAGGGACCCAGAGGGUGAUGCUGGGGUUGGUGUGCAUGGCCUGUAAGCUCAUGUACACCCUUCAUCUAAGAAUAGCCCAUCUGUUGCCUGAGAUUAAAUGUUUCAGAUCCAGAUGGUUAAAAAGCUUAAAUCAGCCUUUCCAAAGAUACAAAUGACCCAUUUCAGAGAUUUUCUACACUUGAGCCACUGUGGUGCAGUGAGAAAAUUUACGACUCUGUGAGGAAAUCCUUUCCCCAUUGUUACACAUACAGUACGGGCAGUGGACUGAAGCGGCACCCCUUGCGCUGCUGUGCUUCAGGGUCAUUCAGCGUUUGCUUUAUUAAAAGUGAUUUUCAACAGUGUGUAAUUCUGAACACUAAAACCACACUAAGCUGGAAGUUAGCAUUAAAUAUAAAUAAUGCACAUGUUUGCAGCAACAAACACCCCUUAAAUUAGGUUAAUUUGAGGGUAUGUUUUUAAGAGAGUGCUGAGUUGGGCUGUGCUUAAUUUUGCAUAAGAAACGGUACCCAGCAAACAGGGAAGAUAAUUUAGUUGCGCUACUUGCGGCAGGGAAGCAUUACUAUACCAAUAAAACAUCCUAAUGUGGGGCUGUAUUUCUUGUACCUAAUGCAGGGUUAACCAGGGUUCACUCUAGUAUUGUGUGGCUUCUUUGUUAACUAGCUUUCUGUGCUGAGGAGUCCCGCUUUUCCUCUUUUGCUUUUCUUCCCCCUUUUGUUGUUUAUUACGUUGCAUUUUCUACAACUGUGAUGGGCAGACAAAAUCAUCAAGAUUUGGGUGGAUGAGGGCAACAUUCAGUGAGGUCAGUUCUUGGAAGUGUUGAAGGUUAAAUAGUGGAGAUGUAGAUCAUGAAAAUACAUUUGUUUGUCUGUCUAAAACAGGGGUCAGCAAACUUUUUCAGCAGGGGGCCGGUCCACUGUCCCUCAGACUUUGGGGGGGGGGAGGCAGACUAUAUUUUGGGGGGGAAAGAAGGAAUUCCUAAGCCCCACAAAUAACCCAGAGAUGCAUUUUAAAUAAAAGGACAUGUAAAAACACAUUGAUUCCUCGACCAUCUGUGGGCCAGAUUUAGAAGGCGAUUGGGCUGGAUCUGGCCCCCGGGCCUUAGUUUGCCUACCCAUGGUCUAAAAUGUGCCCUUACUGCUCAGGCGACCAAUUUUAUAUUGAUGCUUCUAAAAACUGCAGGGUACCAUCCCAGAAAAGACAUCUUCUCCUUUUCACGAAGGAAUGCCUUUUCUAACAUGGUGCAUGUUGCCACAAACACAUCAGCUAAAAAGUGUGCUUUCUCCUUACAUUGAUUUGAGAAAUUUGAUCAAAUGAUCGGUUAAAACUGCAUAUGAUCCACUAAGGCUUGAUCUUGAAAGCAGUACACAUUAGGGAUGCAUGUGGCCUAUGAUACAAGCCUUUCUUUUCUCCACUAAAAUGAAGAGAAGGGCUGAUAACAGGCUAUGGAACUGUAUAUACUGGGUUCUAAGUACAGUGGUACCUCAGGUUACAUACGCUUCAGGUUACAGACUCUGCUAACCCAGAAAUAGUGCUUCAGGUUAAGAACUUUGCUUCAGGAUAAGAACAGAAAUCGGGGAUCUGGUAACGCGGCAGCAGCGGGAGGCCCCAUUAGCUAAAGUGGUGCUUCAGGUUAAGAACAGUUUCAGGUUAAGUACGAACCUCCGGAACGAAUUAAGUACUUAACCUGAGGUACCACUGUAUAUGCAUGGAUUUCACACUCUACUGAAUUGGCAUUUUUUUAUUUAAUAUUUUUCUCAUAACUUUAUCUGGAGCUGCUUGCUUGUCUGGUAGGGAAAUUAUUUACUAGAUAAUUAAUAGAAAAUUGAAAAGUGUGUCUGUUUUGCUGAUCGAGAGAACAGCAAGAAUGGCAACACAGAGAAAAGCAUUGAGAUUGUGGAGCAGGAGGAGUGAGUAUGGAGCUGGUUGUAUGGCUGUUAUAUGUUGUGACUCCUAUCUUUAACACUUGUAAUGUCUUUUGUUCCUAGUUUUAAAACUUUACUUGGUAGGAAAUUUGCAGGCAUAGUCUUAUAUGUUUAUAGUUUCACUCUUCGAAACAUAGCAGUUCAUGUCCAGUUAAAAGAACAGCCAGUAUUGCGAUACCCCAAGCCACAGGGCUUCAUUAAGUACAGUGGUACCUCGGGUUAAGUACUUAAUUCGUUCCGGAGGUCCGUUCUGAACCUGAAACUGUUCUUAACCUGAAGCACCACUUUAGCUAAUGGGGCCUCCCCCUGCUGCCGCACCACCAGAGCAUGAUUUCUGUUCUUAUCCUGAAGCAAAGUUCUUAACCUGAGGUACUAUUUCUGGGUUAGCGGAGUCUGUAACCUGAAGCAUCUGUAACCUGAAGCGUAUGUAACCCGAGGUACCACUGUACAACAUAUUUUAGCAAAUGCUCAUCACCCGUAGGUAAAGGGACCUCUGACCAUUAGGUCCAGUCGUGACUGACUCUGGGGUUGCGGCGCUCAUCUCGCUUUAUUUGCCGAAGGAGCCGGCGUACAGCUUCUAGGUCAUGUGGAACCAGAGCAGCGCACAGAAACGCCGAUUACCGUAUUUUUCGCUCCAUUGGACGCACCGGACCAUAGGACGCACCGGAUCAUAGGAGGGGGAGAACAGGGAAAAAGAUUUUUUUUCUUGUUCUCCCCCUCCAAAACAAGGUGCGUUCAAGGUACAUUCACCAGAGCUUGUGGGGCUGGCGGUGGGGGGAAGCGCUGCUUUCCCCCACCGCCAGCCUCAAAGAUCCCUGAAGCCUUUGGAGCGCAGCGCCCCGCUGCCCUGCAGAGGUUUGCGCGCAGCCGUCCCCAAGCUAGAGCAGCGAGACGGAGCCCUCCAUCUCGCUGUUCUGGCUUGGGAACAGCCUUGCUAGCUUCUGCAGGGCAGCGGGGUGAAGGCACCCCGCUGCCCUGCAGAGGUUUGCGCGCAGCCCUCCCCAAGCUAGAGCAGCGAGACGGAGCCCUCCGUCUCACUGUUCUGGCUUGGGAACAGCCUUGCUAGCUCCUGCAGGGCAGUGGGGUGAAGGCACCCCGCUGCCCUGCAGAGGUUUGCGCGCAGCCGUCUGCUCUAGCUUUCCCAAGCCAGAACAGCGAGACGGAGGGCUCCGUCUCGCUGCUCUAGCUUGGGGAGGGCUGCGCGCAAACCUCUGCAGGGCAGCGGGGUGCCUUCACCCCGCUGUCCUGCAGAAGCUAGCAAGGCUGUUCCCAAGCCAGAACAGCGAGACGGAGCGCUCCGCAGUGCUCCGUCUUCCUGUUCUGGCUUUGGGCUUAGCGGCGCAGCCUGCAUUCGCUCUAUAGGACGCACACACAUUUCCCCUUAGUUUUUGGAGGGGGAAAUGUGCGUCCUAUAGAACGAAAAAUACGGUACCUUCCUGCCGGAGCGGUACCUAUUUAUCUACUUGCACUUUGAUGUGCUUUCGAACUGCUAGGUUGGCAGGAGCAGGGACCGAGCAACGGGAGCGCACCCCAUUGCAGGGAUUCGAACCGCGACUUUCUGAUUGGCAAGUCCUAGGCUCUGUGGGCGACUAAAGUUUCAGUGGUGGUGAAGUUCAGUGUGUAACAAUGUUUUUUGUUUUAAAAGUUGUACUUAACAUGGAUUGUUUACCUGGCCAGUUUCCAGAUCAGAGAUACUGCUUGUUCAUUUGUAUCAUCAAUUUGUUGCACGUGUCAUUUCGCUGUUCUGUUGAAUGAAAAGCCUCCCACAGGUUUUCUAGUGCUGAGACAGCCCCCUGCUGCCUUUCUCCUCAGGCACUUGGGCAUGCCACUUUGCUGGUUUGUUUUUGUAUCCUCCUGCUCUCUUUCCAACACCAGCCAUCUCAAUCUUUUCCUACUCUGGCUCUUAAUGCUUUCCAUUAUGGUUUGCUUGCUUUCAACGUAUCCCAGGAGUUGGAACUUACUAGUAUUUGAUGCCUAGUAUGGAGAAGACUGUUCUUAGUUUACCUUUGGACUUUGCCAUGCAAUACUAGCUGGAUUUGCUGCCAUGUGUCUUCUCCAUAUUUUGCCUGGUGACAGAUCGGUUUCUGCUUUUAUGUGAGCAUUUUCCCCUUUUGUUGUUGCUUAGUCAUUUAGUCGUGUCCGACUCUUCAUGAUCCCAUGGACCAGAGCACACCAGGCACUCCUGUCUUCCACUGCCUCCCGCAGCUUGGUCAAACUCAUGCUGGUAGCUUUGAGAACAUUAUCCAACCAUCUCGUCCUCUGUCGUCCCCUUCUCCUUGUGCCCUCCAUCUUUCCUAACAUCAGGGUCUUUUCCAGGGAGUCUUCUCUUCUCAUGAGGUGGCCAAAGUCUUGGAGCCUCAGCUUCAGGAUCUGUCCUUCCAGUGAGCCCUCAGGACUGAUUUCCUUCCGAACGGAUUGGUUUGAUCUUCUUGCAGUCAGUCCUCCAGCACCAUAAUUCAGAAGCAUCAAUUCUUCGGCGCUCAGCCUUCUUUAUGGUCCAGCUCUCACUUCCAUACAUCACUACUGGGAAAACCAUAGCUGUAGUGUUUUGCAGGACACAUUAUUUCUACUACAUUCCAAUCCAUCUGUGUUGGCUAUGAGGACCAGCUUCCAUAAGUGGCAUAGUUGUGCAUCUCUGCAGGCAGCCCACUGAACUUGCUCUUCAGCUUGCCUGCCUACUUCUCACUCUGACCCAGGCACCAGUGGUGGUGAGAAUGAUUAGCCCUAAAAUCCGCUGUCUGCUUGCUCAUUGGCUUUCUGCGUAGCAAGCAAACAGGUGGUAGUAAUUAUGAGAAAGAGAAGCAUCAGAAACAAGAUUUGAGAAUAAGAGUAGGGUUGCAAGAUGCUGGGCUUGGUUUCAUAGACUCUUAAAGUUUGAAGGCAUCUUAGAGGUCAUCCAGUCCAACCCCUAAUCGGUGCAUACAGAAUGCAACUACAGCACCCCUAACUGCGCAUCAUUCCCUUCUCCAGUCUAAAAACGCCCAGUUUCUAGAUCCCUUACUAUCCUGAUCAUCAACCUUGGACACACUUCAGUUCAAUGUUCUUAAUGUGUCAACGUUCUUCUUAAUGUGUGGCACACAGAACUGAGCAGCAGCGAGGUGCCAUUUUACACAGAAGUGCCAGGAUUUAUCUGUUCGUUUCAUUCAAGAAUCUCUUCCCAUAAAAUAUCCUAGAGCAACUUGACAACAAGUAUCAACAAUAAAACAUUUAUAAAUAGAAUUUGAAGUACAAUACAGACUGGAAUAAAAAUGUCCAUGUAAAAGGCUUGUUGGUUAAGGAAUAUUUAUAUGUGUAUAUUUACAUGGAGGAGAAAGCUGCUGAUCAAUCCUGUGCCAUUAUCUUUCUUGGACAGCAGCAUGAAAGGGAAAUAGAUAAUCAGUCUUAUAGUCAGGGUACUACAUUGUACACCAGUAGGAUCUGAUUCUAAGGCCCCUAACCCCUUAUGCUGACACUGUGAUAGAUGUUGUCCUGUGUGAGGUAAUGUGUAUAAUCAAGAAUGUUGACUGUGAAUCUUUUAAGUUCAAAUUUGAGGUGCCAAGCCCUGAAAGUUGCAUGCAAAAAACUAUUCUUGGUCUGAGCGCCAUUGGCUGUAAAGAUGCCUUUAACUGCUAAUGCUAAUUUAUUAUGAAAAUUGUAGUAGAAUUGUGUUCUUUCAGGGUUGAGAAUCUUGUUGCCUAUAACUUUAUAUGUGAGAAAAGCCCAGCCCAAAACAUUCCAGCUGCACUGAAUGGACUUGGACUUGGUAGAAAAUCUUUGAUUUAUAACUGUAAAAUGAAGAUAAAAUAUCCAGUUGGCUGUAGAUUCAGAGCAGCUCUCAGUUUAUAGUACGUGUCAACUUCCUCUAUCCCACUUUUUUUGUAGUAGUCCAAAUACUUAAUCUGGUGACUCAGCUUUUUUUUUUUAGCUAACUCUUAGAAAAGUUGAAUGCACUUAAGAUCAAAUGUUCUAGGUUUCCUUUUCUAACUCAAGCGUACAAUAGCAUUUUCAAACGUACAGCAGCCUUUUGUCUUGUGUAAUUCAUUCCAACUGAAGAACUAGUUAAACUACAUUAUUCAGCCAUCAAAGCAAAGGAUAAUUUAUACUGGUUGCGGAUUCAAAGUCCACAUUCUCUAAAAACAGGCAUGUUGUAACUAUGAAAGCAAGCAAUGCCAUUUGAAUGCCCCCAAAUUUUAAAUGAUAGUGUCAGUUUUAACAUGUCACUAAAGCAGUAUGAUUGAGACUGCUGAUUGUUUUGUAAUUUAAUUUAAUUUAAUUUUUGUUUCAUUUUUUUAUAAGAGUAUUUUUAGGGUGGCUUGUAGGGAUUAAGCCUCCCAAGGUGGAUUAUGUAACAGUAUUUUAAAUAUUUUAAAAUCACUAAGCAAAUAUUAAAACAGUUCUGGGAAGAAAAGAGCCACUUAAAAGCAAGUAGUUAUGAUGCCACAGUAAUAUUACUUAAGAAUUUACUUGGGUCUUUUCACACUUUUAACUGAUUGUUAUCCUAUUAGACUGAGCCUGUGAGUUCAGAGAGUUCAGUUCAUCCUCCUGAUGAAUGGAAUCAUCAGCUGUUAAUCUGGUACCAUUCUUUACAUUAAAAAAAACACCAAAGAGGUCUUUGGCUUGGUGCGUUUGGUGUUGACAACAUUGUGUAAAUAAAACAUUAAAUAUGUUUGAGUAGAGGGAGAGUAAGGAGUGUAUGCUUGUAGUAGUAGUUUCAUUAUUUCUGUCUCUCUAAGGCUGUGUUUUAAGUAAACAGCUUUUCUUGCUGUUCUCCAGGACAGAACUUUCUCACUCUCAUUGUUGGUGAUGGACUAUUUCAACGGAGUUUUGUAGCGAGGUGGCAAAGAGAGUUUAUAGUUUGCGGACAUGCGGCUAGUACCCACAGACCACAUGGUGUGGCAGUUAAUAGGUAGUUAGGAUGAUUUCUCAUUCAUUGUGAUUAGUGCUUGGUUAGUAACCACUGCCAGAUAAACUGCAGAAAGUAGAUACACAGUUGUCCAUCUGAACCUUUAUUGGCAUAGCCUUUUGCCUGAUGGGUAAGAAUUGCUCUCCUUUUGUAAACUAGCUUAUCUGCUCAGCUUUUCUUGCAAAUUUGUUGUUUCAGGAAAUCUGGAAGUGGUCUUGCCUCAUGUUCCCAUACAUGUCCUGUGUCUAGAGCAGGCAUCCCCAAACUCGGCCCUCCAGCUGUUCUGGGACUACAACUCCCAUCACCCCUAGCUAACAGGACAAGUGGUCAGGGAUGAUGGGAAUUGUAGUCCUAGAACAGCUGGAGGGCCGAGUUUGGGGAUGCCUGGUCUAGAGCAUUUGAAAUCACCCCCAAACAAGAGAUACCUAGAUGCACUGAUAAAUCUGGGCUGAGUAAUGCAAGAAUUUUUCUCCCUCAAGGAAACAUGUGGAGCAUUUUGGGAAUAUUGCCGGCUGGAUUUUGCAGUAGGUAGCAAUUGCCAAAAUUCAAGUGUUGCUAAAACCCCCAAAUUGUCACAGUGGAAAAUAUUAAACUGUAAAACUAAUCACAUUACUGUUCAGGACUGGGGACUUCCAACAUUUUUAAAAGUAACCAAAUCCCAAUAUUCUAACGUGGGUAAUGAGCAGUUGUGGUCCAUUGCAAAGAAUGUUGGGUUUGGGAGGCUUCAGUUAAAAGUCCUCUUGUGUUUUAGUGGCCUUGGCCAAUAAGUUCCUCAUGGAUGCAGUAGCCAUUUACUUUAGUUAUUUUGAAGAUGAGCAAGAAAAACUAUUAAGGCAACUUACACACUUAAAAUACUAUUUUUUUAAUUCCAAGUGUCUCAAGGCAGUAUACAAAGCCUAUAUAUGUAUAUUUGCUGGGGCGGGGGAGCCCCUGAAAUGUGACAGUGACAGAAUAUAUUGUUCAUUAGAAUGCCCACUUUGUUCGGAGCUACAUUGAUUUCUGUUUUGUCAAUUGCUAUGGUGCUUUGGAUACUGCCUAGAACAAGUGUUCUGACUGCACCAGUCGAGCUUUGGUACAUAGUUCAAAUUUUUAAGCUUCUCCUAAUAACAUGAACAAAUUCAAACAACAUAGUGAUAGUCCUCUUGCAAGGGCUUACUGACCUUGAGCAAUAUGAGUAGACAGACAUUGUGCAAAUGGAAAUCAGAAUACUUAAGGGUAUGCUCUUUCCCUGCCAGGGCUUCUGUGCCUCCAACAGCUUUUCAGCAGGUGAAUGUUCAACAGGUCCACAUUUGCCCUUUUGAUGCCAAAGAAAGCAUCAAUUGUCAAUUUCUGCCUGUCAAAAAACCAUUCAAAAGCACAGGACAUUUGCCAAGAGAAGGUGACUUCAAUAUUAUAUGGGUUAAUUGUCCACACAGCUCCUAUCUUGUGUCUCCAUGGUCCCCCCAUCUGUCCCUCAUUCUGCUAUCACUUCUUUGUGGCCCCCAAUGCAUUCCCCUCCCUCUACAGAACUGGCGGAAGCAAUGAGAGACAAGCAAUGGACUCAUAGUACAAGGCUUAUCGCAAAUGCAGCCCUCCAUGAUGCUUCCCCUGCUUUAAAACAGGGCUGCAUUGUAGAGGCUGUGGGUGGGGUUUUCUUCUUGCUUCGUACCAUGAAGAAGAAAAAAUUCUUGGAAGGGUCAAUAGAGCUACUUCCUAAAAGUCUUUUUCCUUUCCAUCCUUCCUGAAAUCAAGAGAACUGCACAAGCAGCUUUUGGGGUAUUGCAUUGUUGGGUCUUCCAAGUGCUUCCUCUUUCUUCAUGGUGCGAAGCAAGAAGGGCAGCAUUCCUGUCUAUAGAGACAGUGCCUUGGAAGCUGUUUGUAAUAUAGAAUACUUAUUAGCAUUACUGUACUAGCAUUCAGGUUUGCACCCCAUAACAGUGGACCCAUUUCCUUUUCGAGAAAGAAAGGGGAAGAGGAAAAAAUGCCUGUGGAACUUACUGCCCCCCCCCUUAUGCUGCUUUUAAAAUGAGAAAGGAUAUUAGGGCUGUAAAGAGGGUUGUACAAGGGGUGUUCUUUACUUGUUUCCUGGUAGUGUGUGUGAGAGAGAAUUCCAGGAGCAAUUUUCAGAACCCAGCCUCAAAGUCAGUUUCUACUUUAAUAUUUGUCUUCGUUAUACAUUUAAAGCGUAACUUGUCUUUUUAUCAUUUUAUCUCAUGUUUGCGCUAAAGAUCUUUCUUAAAACCAUGCUAGUGCUAUCCCUUUAAUCAUCCUAAGACUGUGUUUGUUUUCUUUUCUCUAGGGGGGAAUGCUGUCUAUCCAGUGCUGAGGAUCAGUGA